AUGAGAAGAGAGCCGCGAAAGAGAAACAACAUUUCGCCUCCAGGGUCCCCAAAGCCAACCUCUUCCAAAAGCCGCUGGUGUUCCAAGAAAAGCUGUUCGGGUCUGGAAGGCGCCGGUAGCACGCCGGAACCUUUAGUUCCAGGCUGUGCGCCGAGCCGGCAGUACCAAGGAUCUUUCGGAGAGGGAAGAGGGCGCACCGCGAUGGCGGCAACGCCGCUCCUGAAGCACUGGCGCACCACUUUGGAGCGGGUGGAGAAGUUCGUGUCACCGAUCUACUUUACCGACUGUAACCUCCGCGGCAGGCUCUACGGGGACAGCUGCCCGGUGGCUGCACUCUCCAGCUUCCUGACACCAGAAAGACUUCCCUAUCAGGAGGCAGUGCAGCAGAACUUCAGCCCCACGCAGGUCGGACACAGCUUCGGACCCACGUGGUGGACCUGCUGGUUCCGAGUAGAGCUGGUCAUCCCAGAAGCAUGGGUGGGCCAGGAAGUUCACCUUUGCUGGGAAAGUGAUGGAGAAGGCCUUGUCUGGCGUGAUGGGGAGCCUGUCCAGGGUUUGACCAAAGAGGGUGAAAAGACCAGUUAUGUUCUGACUGAUAAACUGGGAGAAGGAGACCCUCGGAGCCUGACCCUCUAUGUGGAAGUGGCCUGCAACGGGCUCCUGGGGGCUGGGAAGGGAAGCAUGAUUGCAGCCCCUGACCCUGAAAAGAUGUUCCAGCUGACCCGGGCUGAGCUGGCCGUGUUCCACCGCAAUGUCUACAGGCUCCUGGUGGACCUGGAGCUGCUGCUGGGCAUAGCCAAGGGCCUCGGGGAGGACAAUCAGCGCAGCUUCCAGGCUCUGUAUAUGGCCAACCAGAUGGUGAAUGUGUGUGAUCCUACCCAGCCUGUGACCUUCUCAGCAGCCGAGGCCCUGGCCUCUAAGUUCUUUGGCCAACGUGGAGGUGAAAGCCAACAUACCAUCCAUGCCAUGGGGCAUUGCCACAUUGAUACAGCUUGGCUUUGGCCCUUCAAGGAGACUGUACGGAAAUGUGCCCGGAGCUGGGCAACAACAGUAAAGCUCAUGGAGCAGAACACAGAAUUCAUCUUUGCCUGUUCCCAGGCACAACAGCUGGAGUGGGUGAAGAGCCACUACCCUGGCCUGCAUGCCCGGCUCCAGGAGUUUGCCUGCCGUGGGCAGUUCGUGCCUGUGGGGGGUACCUGGGUGGAAAUGGACGGGAACCUUCCCAGUGGAGAAGCCAUGGUGAGGCAGUUCCUGCAAGGCCAGAACUUCUUCCUGCAGGAGUUUGGGAAGAUGUGCUCUGAGUUCUGGCUGCCAGAUACAUUUGGCUACUCAGCACAGCUCCCCCAGAUCAUGCGUGGUUGUGGCAUCAAGCGCUUCCUGACACAGAAAAUGAGCUGGAACUUGGUCAACUCCUUCCCACACCAUACCUUUUUCUGGGAGGGGCUGGAUGGUUCCCAGGUGCUGGUCCACUUCCCACCUGGAGACUCAUAUGGAAUGCAGGGCAGUGUGGAAGAGGUGCUGAAGACUGUGACCAACAACCGGGACAAGGGGCGGACCAACCACAGUGCCUUCCUCUUUGGCUUUGGGGAUGGGGGUGGUGGCCCCACACAGACCAUGCUGGACCGCUUGAAGCGACUGGGCAACACUGAUGGGCUCCCCAGGGUACAGCUGUCUUCUCCAGGACAGCUCUUCAUGGCACUCGAGAGAGACUCUGGGCAGCUGUGCACAUGGGUCGGGGAGCUCUUCCUGGAACUGCACAAUGGCACUUACACUACCCAUGCCCAGCUCAAGAAGGGGAACCGAGAAUGUGAGCAGAUCCUGCAUGAUGUGGAGCUGCUCAGCAGCCUGGCCCUGGCCCGUUGUGCCCAGUUCCUGUACCCAGCAGCCCAGCUGCAGCACCUCUGGAGGCUUCUGCUUCUGAACCAGUUCCAUGAUGUUGUGACUGGAAGCUGCAUCCAGCAAGUAGCAGAAGAUGCCAUGAACCACUAUGAAGACAUUCGUUCCCAUGGCAAUACAUUGCUCAGUGCUGCAGCUGCAGCCCUGUGUGCUGGGGAGCCAGGUCCUGAGGGCCUCCUCAUUGUCAACACACUGCCCUGGAAGCGCACUGAAGUGUUGGCCCUGCCCAAGCCUAGCGGGGCUCAAAGCCUAGCCCUGGUGACAGUGCCCAGCAUUGGCUAUGCUCCUGCUCCUGCCCCUACCUCACUGCAGCCCCUGUUGCCCCAGCAGCCAGUGUUUGUGGUACAGGAGACUGAUGGUUCUGUGACUCUGGACAAUGGCAUCAUCCGAGUGAGACUGGAUCCUACUGGCCGCCUUACAUCCCUGAUCCUGGUGGCUUCUGGCAGGGAGGCCAUUGCUGAGGGUGCUCUGGGGAACCAGUUUGUGCUGUUUGAUGAUGUGCCCUUGUACUGGGAUGCAUGGGAUGUCAUGGACUACCAUCUAGAGACACGGAAGCCUGUGCUGGGCCAGACAGGGACCCUAGCAAUAGGCAUUGAAGGUGGCCUUCGGGGCAGUGCUUGGUUCCUACUGCAGAUUAGCCCCAACAGUCGGCUCAGCCAGGAGGUUGUGCUUGAUGUUGGCUGCCCCUAUGUCCGCUUCCACACCGAGGUGCACUGGCAUGAGGCCCACAAGUUCCUGAAGGUGGAAUUUCCUGCCCGUGUGCGGAGUCCCCAGGCUACCUAUGAGAUCCAGUUUGGGCAUCUACAUAGGCCCACCCACUACAAUACCUCUUGGGAUUGGGCUCGAUAUGAGGUGUGGGCCCACCGAUGGAUAGACCUGUCAGAGUGUGGCUUUGGGCUGGCCCUGCUCAACAACUGCAAGUACGGAGCAUCAGUGAGAGACAACGUCCUCAGCCUGUCGCUGCUGCGGGCACCAAAAGCCCCAGAUGCUACUGCUGACAUGGGAUGCCAUGAAUUCACCUACGCCUUGAUGCCACACAAGGGCUCCUUCCAAGAAGCUGGUGUUAUCCAUGCUGCCUACAGCCUCAACUUCCCACUGCUGGCACUGCCGGCCCCAGGCCCAGCGCCCGCCACCACCUGGAGUGCCUUUUCCCUGUCCUCACCAGCAGUUGUAUUGGAGACUAUCAAGCAGGCAGAGAAGAGCCACCAGCACCGAAUCCUGGUCCUGAGGCUAUAUGAGGCCCAUGGCAGCCAUGUGGACUGCUGGCUCCACACGUCACUGCCAGUUCAGGAGGCCUUUCUUUGUGACCUCCUGGAGCAGCGAGACCCUGCCAGUCACCUGCCCCUUCAGGACAACCGCCUGAAGCUCACCUUUUCUCCUUUCCAAGUUUAUGGUUCAAGACUUGAACUCUGCUUCCAGCUCCUGCCACCAUGCCUGCCACUUGCUGCCAUGCCUCCCGACCAUGUUGGACUCUGUUUAUUUGUUUUGGUUUUUUGAGACUAGCUCUCACUGUGUAGCCCUGGCUGGCCUCAAACUCAAAGAGAUCUGUCUGUCUCUAACUCCUGAGUGCUGGGAUUAAAGGCAUGUGUUACCAUGCUGGUCCAUGACAGACUUUCUAUGCCUCUGGAACUGUAAGCCCAAAUAAACUCUUCAGUAAGU